AUGAUCGACAUUUCUCCCAAUGUUCUGGAGUAUAAAGCCCCCUUUACCUCCCAAUCUACAGAAUAUGUUACUGUCACCAACAAUUCGGAGCAAAACAUUGCUUUCAAGGUGAAAACCACGGCUCCAAAGUUCUACUGUGUUAGACCUAACGCCGCGGUCGUGGCUCCAGGUGAGCAAGUGCAAGUGCAGGUGAUUCUGCUUGGCCUUGCAGAAGAGCCAACUCCAGACUUCAAAUGCCGUGAUAAAUUCCUGGUCAUAACGUUGCCAGCUCCCUACGAUUUGGGUACCUCCACUGUCACGGAGGCGUGGCCCCAGCUAGAGGCGGAGUUCAAACAGCAGGCGGUGUCCAAGAAGAUUAAAGUGAAAUAUUUGUUUAAUGAAGAAUCAAAGACCGAGGAGCCUGCCGUUGCAGAAGCUGCAACUGUCGACGAGCCUGUGACUACUCCAGCUGAAAAGGCCCCAGUUCAAAGUGCUCCUGAAAUUGAAGAAAAAACACCUGUCAAGAAUGUGGCAGAAAAGAAAGAAGCCGAGGUUCCUGCUGCCAAGGAAGCACCUGCUGCUCCAGUCCAGCAAUUAGCGGAAAAGACAGAGGGUCCUUUAAGCCCAUCUAUCGUAUUAUUUGUCGCCUUGAUUGCUUUGUUUCUUGGUUGGAUGUACUAUUAA